AUGGAUAAACAAGACCUGUUCGUGACGGAAGGUGGUCCACCAGACGACGAUGCCAUCUCCAUCAAUUCUACCCUGGUAUCCGACCAUGAUCCAGACGAGGAAUGGUUGGUUGAAGGCAUCCGCUACCAGACUCGUGAAGAUGGAACAGAUAGAUACCUGGUCGAGUGGACCGGCUAUCCCAUCGAGGAAGCCACAUGGGAACCCGAAGAGAACAUGACGGAUGAGCUACUUCAGGAGUGGAGAGAUACGAAAGCAAGACAGAUCCGAGGCCAGGAAGAACCCUUCGACGUGGUCGCCUGGCAGGAAGCUGUGGGCAAGCGCCAAGAGGACAAAUAUCGACGGCACCAAGAACGCAACAUUGAGCGGAGGCGCCGAGGCCUGCAGAUCAAGCUGUGGAAAGGCGAAACCAAAGCGGACUACUACCUCAGCGAUGAGGAUGUCGAUCAAGAUGAUUACAAUGCUAUCUUUCCGCCUCCGAAGCUUGUCGAGCAUCAGAAAGAUCCAAUCCUUCCCGAAGAAAUACGGACCGAUAAGUCGCUAAACCCAUCGGCCGUGGAAACGCCAGCCUCUCACAAACGAACCACGGUAACGGAGAAGGUGAAAGAAAAAGCGACAGCGAAGCCCAAGUUGCCAACGAAGAAGAAGUCCUCCCCGCCUAUUCCACAGCAACGCCCAGAAUCAACCUCUCUCACUUCAGCAGCAGCAAGCGGGUUUCAGAGUACAGCGAAAAAGCCUGCGGCCAACAAGCCAGUAACUAACGCUGUCACUGCUCGGGUGUCUACCAUAGCGGCAUCCACACAACACAAAGCUAAGAAGAGCGCCGUCAGCUCGAGGACGAUGGUCAGGUCACAAAACAGUGGGACUGGGAUCAACGUCUUUGCCGCCGGCAAGCAAUUCAAGCAACGUCGUCAAAUAGGGCAGAAUGUGUCAGAUUCGAACAAAGGUCCUCGGAUGUUCGCGACACAUCGAACCAGACGAAAAGCCGAGUUGAAGAGCCGUGAUAAGGCAGAUGUGGUACCUGGCGCUCUUCCGACCAUGCUGUUCAGCAUCAGCAGCGGUCCUCCUGCUGGCUCGAGUCCUGGGACUUCGAGCGCCGUCUCUCGCUCUGUUUUGAAGCAUUCGACCGAUGACUUGAUGGCGAGGUCCGCCAGCGAGUCCAGUGUCACAGUCUCAGAUGUAACGGACUCGACAUUUCCUCAAAACCCAGAGUCACAGACCACGCGGCCCAUGAUCAGGAAAAGGAAGUCUGUUCAGUUUGCAGACUUGCCUCUUGUCGAUGAGCCCGAGUCCAUUGACGAGGUGGGCAAAUUGCCAGUUUCGCACCCAAAAAGGCUCAAAUCGCCUCCAAUGCCAUCGGAUCCGUCUCGAUCAUUUCAUCCACCCCCAAAGCCUCCGCCCAUUCUUCGCAAACUGUCGAUAACACAGUAUCAGUCAAGAAGUGUGGGCCAGAGUUUUGACAAAGCUGUCAUACUGGGGCCGUCCGGAACAAAGGACAUCGAGAUGACAUUCGAGAAUGUUAGACCUGACCCGGACCCAUGGCACUCACAGUUUGUCAACAAGGAUUCGUUACAUUUCAGCAGAAGCUUCACUGCCCGUACCUUUGCAUGUCAAAAAGGAUCGGUCGUGGAGCGAAGUCUAUCACAUGGUAGUGUCAGGCCGAAAAUGGAGCACGAUCAAGAAGCAGUCGAGAGAGCUGUGGAGCGACUACGACUUGGGUCCUUUGGGGUGGCCUGUUUCUACGAAGAUUUCCUCAUUAUCAUCUUCCCCGCCAACUGUGAGGAAUGGAGGGAGGCCAUGGCUGAAGUUGAUGUCACCAGCCCGGCAGAUGUCACGCUGAAGUAUGUCAUAUUCAAGCCGCAAUCAAUUGCCACAAAGCCCCUACCGGUGAUUAAGAGCAGCCCACCAAGCUCGAUAGAGGCGCAGGUCGCGAUCUUUCGGAAUCUCUUCCGUCUUGAUUACCAUCGACUCAUACCGCACAGAGUACUAGACGUACGCCACAACUUCUAUCUGGCGUUUCCCCCAUCUAGGAAGGUCUUGCUUGAAGCCGUGAGCGAGUGGCUUCAUGUGGAAAACCCCACGUGCAGGGUGUUUUCCACCAAGACUGCGGGUGACUGGACCGCCUUCACCGACCCAAAGAUCGUCGCGCAAGGGGUCAUCAUUGUUCACGAGGCAGCUACCGAUACUCUCCGGCGGUAUCCUGGCCUGCUCAGGCUACUGCUUCACAGUAAUAGUGCUGCUUACGUGUUUUGGUGCCUCGGAGAGUCGCUUCAGCAGCAACCCUUGUUUCCUUCCAUACGCUCCAUGCAUCAUCAGGCAGAGCCGGGCACAGUUGAGCUGACGAGGUUUUUUCCCCAUGGCAACGCAAUCCUGGUUACGCCUAGUUUCUUAGUAUCGGAGCCACAGCAUGCACUCCAGCUCUUUGACUGGUACAAGAAGACUCAUAUCAAGCCCUACAACAACAAUAAGAUCGUGGCCGCUGCAAACCUUGCCGGCUACCUGCGAGACCUUGCCUUCGAGAAGUCCAGUCAUCGCGAUAUCUUGGUGACAGAGUUUAGUAGGACACAGCGGCAGUCAGAAUCAGAGCGAAAGGAAGCGGCUUGCAAAGCAGGCCUUAGUCAGGAAGACUGUGCAGCUCGUUUCGAAACUUGGGCUAUUGUUGACGGACUCCGGCCGUCUCUUCAAGCCGGCAUUGUGCCAGACGAGCAGCUCGAGCCCAUCGUCUUCGCUGAUGAAUCCAUCGAUGCCAACGACGAGCAAAGCCUGGUGAAUUGGUUUGGCUGUUGGUCCCAGACCCGUUUUGAUCAGUUCCGUAAGUUCCAUGUUCUGGGCACCGAUGGCAGCUCCGACAACAAUCAUUCCAUCAAAGAUCGCAACAUCCCUCUCUACCCUUCGAGUGCGGGGCGCGAUCCGGGAGCUGAGGCAAACGGUGACGCUCAUCAUUUGGAUCCGCCUGCAAGCGGCGUCGAGAGUCGACGUCAAUCCCAAGGUAAUGCAACUGAAGUGCUUGGGGGGUUGGCUGCCCACUUCUUCAGCAGUGAGUUGAUGGAGCUGGGAAAGAAGUGUGAGAACCCCAAGGUCUGCUCGUUUGGCAAAUUGUACGGCUUUCCCAUUUCCUAUUUCAAAGAUGUCGCCGAUACGGCCGACGCCUACGGGGAUUUUCACCGGAACUUUUCAACAUUCGACAGAUGGUUUGAAUUUCCCAGGCCGUUCUUUUCCCACUACAAACCAGGCUUCCCAGUCCCGAACGAUGUACGUGGGCCGACCGUCUUCAACACGUACUUCGCUUUCUUCUAUACUCCCGACGAAGAAUCUCCAAGCAUACCGCCCACACGUCACCCGUGGCUCGCCAUUUGGCGAGUCCAGGCACCGCACAAGCCGUGGGAGGGGACAGAGCUUCUCGUCUGGGACGUUGCGGCAAAGGAGCGGUUUCCCACAGAAACCCAAUUUUACGAGUCCCAGCUCAUUCCGGCUCAGCAGCAUCUGAUCAAUAUAAUACGAGAAAGGGGAGCAAGCAAACAGCGAGGUCUUGACCUGAAGCAGGUCUGGCUUGGAGGGUUCGAGUCAGCACCUACCGAGUACACCUCACCGAUCGAUGUGACGUUUGCCAACCUGGACGCUAUGAUGAGAGAUGCAAAGGGAUAUCUUCCUGCGGUCGAUUAUCACCUCCCAUCCAGGGGCUUCCACAAAGUCUACCCUGGCACAGUGCCCGCGCCAAGAGAUCCCAUCGCUCCGGAUGCGAUGGAAACCGAUCCAAUUAGCCGUCACCAAGACCGCCGUGGCGACAGCAAAAUCCUCUUUCAUCCGCCCCGCGCGUGCAGACCGAUUCGGCAGAGCCGAUGCGAGAACCUAUUCUACAAAUGGGUGGUCGACCUUGACAGACGGGGUCAGCGUAAGACGUACCCCUAUACCUUCAAGCCUACUGUGGACUGGUACCAGGAGCAACAGGUGGCUGAGAACCGACACUUUGAGCACAUUAACGUCUCUGCCUGGAAGCGCAUCUUUGAGUUGGUACGGAUUCCUACCGGCGGUGGGAAGAAGGGCAAGGCGGAUACAGGAGGGAGGGGCAGGGCGUGA